UUGUGGUAGUGACGUCAACGGCCUUGGACACAAAUGGCAUGAGUUAGGAGGAAACACAUUCCGACCAAUUAUUUCCCGUUAUUGACAUGAAUUAAAAGUCAACAAGCCUAACAGAUACAACAAAGAACCGUUUUUAAUCUAACGAUGCCAGAAUGAGUGUUGACGCUUACGCCCCGAAUUCCCAAACGUUGACAUUCCUCGAAACUGAGGAGGAUCUCCUUGGGGCCGACACGCAAGGAACUGAUUUUGAUUUCACCGAUUUUACGCUCCCGUCUCAGACACAAUCUCAAACUCAAGCAUCACAGCUUGACUCUAAUCAAAGCCAGGUGAAUGGUAUAGAUGGCAGUAUCCCUAAUGAUGUGGAUGCUAAAGGUACCAUUGAUGUGAAAGUUAAUAAUGUUGCACAGGGAGUAGGUGAGCUGAACUUUGAGGAAGAUGAAGAGGAACAGUUUUGUAUGAAAGAUCUCCCCAAACAUGCAUGCUCAUACUGUGGAAUUCAUGAUCCAAGCUGUGUAGUAUUUUGUAACAGUACAAAGAAAUGGUUCUGUAAUGGCCGUGGUAACACUUCUGGAAGCCACAUUAUCAACCAUUUAGUCAGGGCCAAAGCAAAGGAAGUGACACUGCAUAAGGAUGGACCCCUUGGAGAGACAAUACUGGAAUGUUACAACUGUGGAUGUAGGAAUGUCUUCUUGUUGGGUUUUAUACCAGCCAAGGCCGAUUCUGUUGUGGUCUUGUUGUGUAGACAACCUUGUGCUACUCUGUCCAAUCUUAAGGAUAUGAACUGGGAUCCAAACCAGUGGCAGCCUUUGAUACAGGACCGCCAGUUCUUGUCAUGGCUAGUUAAGGUGCCAUCAGACCAAGAACAGAUGAGAAGUCGUCAGAUUACAGCCCAGCAGAUCAACAAAUUAGAAGAACUAUGGAAAGAUAACCCUGACGCUACUCUAGAGGAUCUGGAAAAGCCAGGAGUUGAUGAGGAGCCACAACAAGUUCUACUGAGGUAUGAUGAUGCAUACCAGUACCAGAAUAUAUUUGGUCCUUUGGUCAAGUUAGAAGCUGACUAUGAUAAGAAGUUGAAGGAGUCCCAAACCCAGGACAACAUUGUCGUGAGAUGGGAUGUUGGUCUCAAUAAGAAAAGAAUUGCUUUCUUCCACCUUCCCAAAGCUAAUGAUGAGAUGAAAUUGAUGCAUGGAGAUGAAUUGAGACUGAGAUACCAGGGAGAACUACACAAGCCAUGGUCUGGUGUAGGACAUGUCAUUAAGAUUCCAGAUAAUCACAGUGAUGAAGUAGCUAUAGAGCUGAAGAGUAAUGCUGGUGUACCUACAGAAUGUACACAUAACUUUGUUGUUGACUUUGUCUGGAAAUCUACUUCAUUUGAUAGGAUGCAGGCUGGUUUGAAGACCUUUGCUGUAGAUGAGACCUCAGUGUGGGGAUAUAUCUAUCACAAGUUAUUGGGACAUGAGGUAGAGGAUGUCGUCAUUAAGUGUCAGUUACCAAAGAGGUUCAGUGCACCAAGUUUGGCAGAGUUAAACCACUCACAAGUUUAUGCUGUCAAGACAGUUCUCCAGAGACCACUCAGCUUGAUUCAGGGACCACCAGGAACAGGGAAGACAGUCACUUCAGCCACCAUAGUGUAUCAUCUGGCCAAACAGAACCAAGGACAGGUCUUAGUGUGUGCUCCAUCAAACAUUGCUGUAGAUCAACUCACUGAAAAGAUUCAUAAAACUGGACUGAAAGUAGUAAGAUUAUGUGCUAAGAGUAGGGAGGCCAUUGACUCUCCUGUUUCCUUCCUGGCUCUACACAACCAGAUCAGAAACAUGGACAGUGUACCAGAGUUAGCCAAGCUACAGCAGCUGAAGGAUGAGACAGGAGAACUGUCUUCUGCUGACGAGAAGAGAUACAGAGCUCUCAAGAAACAGUGUGAAAGGGAACUUCUACAGCAUGCUGAUGUGAUCUGUGCUACAUGUGUUGGUUGUGGAGAUCCACGUCUGUCUAAGAUGCAGUUCAGGUCUGUGUUGAUUGAUGAGAGUACACAGGCUACAGAACCUGAGUGUAUGAUCCCAGUUGUCCUUGGAUGUAGACAGUUAAUUCUUGUUGGAGACCAUUGUCAGUUAGGACCUGUAGUAAUGUGUAAAAAGGCAGCCAGAGCUGGUCUGUCCCAGUCACUGUUUGAACGUCUUGUUGUUCUGGGUAUAAGACCAAUACGUCUACAAGUCCAAUACAGAAUGCACCCAGCACUGAGUUCCUUCCCUUCCAACAUCUUUUAUGAGGGAUCUCUACAGAAUGGUGUCUCUCCAGCUGAUCGUACCAGGAAGAAUUUGGAUAUUCCAUAUCCCCAGCCAGACAAACCUAUGUUCUUUUAUACAACUUCUGGACAGGAGGAGAUUUCAAGCUCGGGUACUUCAUACCUAAACAGGACUGAAACAGCAAAUGUAGAAAAGAUAGCUACUAGAUUUCUUCGAUCAAACAUCAAGCCAGAACAGAUAGGUAUUAUAACACCAUAUGAAGGACAGAGAGCUUAUAUUGUCCAGUACAUGCAGUACAGUGGAUCUCUAAACAAGAAACUGUAUCAGGAAAUAGAGGUUGCUAGUGUAGAUGCUUUCCAAGGAAGAGAAAAAGAUUACAUUAUACUCUCCUGUGUAAGAUCUAAUGAACAUCAAGGAAUAGGAUUUCUUAACGACCCAAGACGUCUUAAUGUCGCUCUUACUAGAGCAAGAUUUGGAAUAAUCAUAGUUGGAAACCCAAAGGUUCUUUCCAAGCAACCUCUAUGGAACCAUUUACUGACCUACUUUAAAGAGCAAAAAUGUUUAGUAGAGGGACCAUUAAACAACUUGAAGGAGAGCAUGAUACAGUUCAGCAAGCCAAGGAAAUUGGUCAACACCUCAAACCCAGGAGGAAGAUUUAUGAGUAACAUCAUGUUUGAUGCCAGAGAAGUCUUGAUACCAGGAAGUGUGUAUGAUAGAAGUCAAGCUUACAGGGAACCAGUUGUACGUACCCAUGACCAGAUGAGUUAUAUUGGACCAGAGAGAGCCUAUGCUGGACCAGCAGUUAAUCUGCCAGUACCAGUUAACAUGUUUAUACCACCAGCCAUGCCACAGAACUUCAAUGGACAACCACCAAUGCAUAUGGGUAACAAGGUGAUGCCAGGUCGUUUCAACAACAAAGGUAGAGGUGGUCGACAGAAACCUCCUCGUUACAGUAACACACAAGUACAACAGCCCCUGAGUCAGAAUAUGAGUCAGAGUCAAGCUAGUCAGGAGAUGGGCCAGUCGUUCUCUCAGGGUCCUCUGACCCAAGGACAAUUGUCGAUGAGUCAGCCUUUCCAGAUGAGUCAGCCUGGACUCUCAGGUCUCUCACAACCUGAACUGUCACAGGAUAGCUACUUAGCUGAUGACUUCAAGUCUCAAGCAGAUGGCAUGCUUUCCCAGGAUUCUACAUACCAGGGAGAUCGUAUGUUCUAUGCUUCUCAGCUAUCCCAGGGUCCAUUUAACUAGGUGAGAACUGCAGCACAGCAGUAACACUGGAGCAAAACAAUGGACAAAUAACAUAAAUAAAUGAUACGGUGUGGAGUAGUGUCUGUAUGUAUGGGGCCUACCUGAAACAAACCCAGCCGCCUUCACUGGCAUAACAACAAUGUGCUGAGAAACCUCCAAACACGAGGCACAUAAGCUGCCAGCCAUGUUUGUCAACAGGUGGUGCUCGAAUCGACUCUGACGAAGACAACGGACACUGCAGAACAGUGAACUGUGGAAACCGAUGAUGAUUACUUAUUUUACGAAUCAUUUUGUUUACCAUGAUUUUUUUUUCUAUCUGGAACAUUUUUGCUACCAGAUCCAAUGUUUGAAAUAAUCUAUAGUUAGUACUAGUAUGUAUAUUUUUUUUCCGUAUCCCCCUUGUAUCAUUAUAUGGUUACAUAUUUGUUUGCUUGGUUUCAAUUAUUUUAAUGUGCAUGUAAUUGUAAUUGGUUUUAUUUUUUUUGUGUAAAUCAGUUUUUUUCAUCCUAUGGUGUAAAAAAAAGAUAAAAGAUUUGGAAUAGAAAAAGAUUCUAACGUAUAUAUUUGCUUAUUUUUCUUUUAUGGUGAUAAAAUUCAAAAGGAAAAUAGAAAGACAGGAGAUUAACUGAAGAUUCAGCUCAUCUGAGCUAGAGUAUUAAGAAGAAAAUUCAGCCUAUUCAAAAUAUAUUUCACAAGGACAGACAUUUAUAAGGAACUGAAAACUAGAUAUGAAAUUAUAAAUUUAUAUAAUAAAUUCAUUUGAUAUCAGAUCAGAAAGUUAUAAGAGAAACAGAAACUGGCUUAUUUUGAAAUUGAAGAGGACUUGCCCAUAAUUCAAACAACUGAUUCCAAUAACUAUGAUAGGUGUUUUUGAAAGCGAAAUGUGAUAAUGAUUGACAUGUUGUAUAAGGACAGUUGUUAUUGUAAAGUUUGUUACGAUUUGUGAAGUGGGUUAUAAACAAAUAUAAAAAAAAGAAAAAUAUUUGUAUUUAUCUAUUGUGUGUUUCACCAAUUUGAAGAUCUUUCGCACUUAAGUUGAUGCACAGUGUUUAAACUUGUUGAGUAAUGAUGUUAUAUAUAGUGUCAUAUACAAUCUUGACCUUAAAGUUAUUUAUGUAAAGUAGAAAUGAUGAAUUGUAUGUCUUGCACCUUAUCACUAUUAAAACAUGUUUUAACUUGUCAUAUAAACUGUUUGACGAAAUUUUCAUAUGAAUUGAAAUUCUUAUUUUAUUUCUUUAUUAUCCAUUCAAAAUUCCCAAUUAAAUUUCUACACAGUAGUAAUACAUUGCAAUAAUUUUUCUGGAAAGUUGUAGUUGGUUGAUCUAAGGGAAAUAACUCUGUUAAUAUAGAUGUGUUUAGGCUUGUACACAAAACUCCUGUAAAAUAGGCUGUUUCACUUUCUCAUAAAGGUUACUUAUAUGUAUAUUAUUUGAUCAAGAUAGUUGACACUUGUUUGAAAACAUUCUUGAAAAUAAAGACAAACUCUGUGGUUUUUAAUGGUAUUAAUUCCUUUAUUAAAUGUGUAACUUUAGUUUAAAAAUGUUAUUGUAAUUUGAGGAAAUUAUUAUGGAACACUGAAUGAGCUUGCUUAAUAAAAAUUAACGGAAAAA